GUCAGGAGGAAGCGACUCCCCAUACUUCUCUCUCUACUUCUCGAUUUUUUUCCAUGUUUGAUCUCGAUUUGUGUUCGUGGAUUUUGCUAUAAGACAUCCAAUUAAGGCCAUUGACAACAUUUUCGAAACUUCCGAUCCCCGCAUGAAUGGAAACCCUAGAAGCAUGCAUGUGAUUCACGCCCCAUAGACGUUUUAUCCUCUUAAUAAAGGAAAACAGCAAAAGAGCACAGAGAGAGAGAGAGAGAGAGAUUUUGAAGAAAGGACGUGCGAAAGCAAACGUAUAGCAGAUCACCAUGGGAGCUCUUGAUCACAAACUAGGGUUUGCAUUGGCUUUCCUCGCGGUGAUGGUUCCGGUUCUGAGAGCCAACAUUGCCGACUUCGACGAGGUGUGGCAGAAGCGAGCCGAAGAAGCCAAGAAAGCCGCCAUCGAGGCCUACGAGCCCGACCCGGGCAAAGUGGCCGAGGAUUUCAACCAACGCGUGCAUGAGGACAUGCAAGGGAGUAAUAACACAAGGAGGAGCUUGAAGAAAUCUAAGGGCAGAUGCUUGGCCACCAACCCGAUCGAUCGGUGCUGGCGAUGCCAAAAAGAUUGGGCCAACCACCGCAAGAGGCUGGCCAAUUGUGCCCUUGGCUUCGGCCGCGGAACCACUGGAGGCAAGGCCGGCAAGAUCUACACAGUGACUGACCCAUCCGACGACAACCUGAUGACACCGAAGCCUGGGACGCUGCGCUAUGCUGUGAUCCAGCCCGAACCGCUGUGGAUCAUAUUCGCCCACAACAUGGUCAUCCGGCUCUCCGAGGAGCUCAUUGUGACCGACAACAAGACGAUUGAUGGCCGCGGCGCCAACGUGCACAUCUGCGACGGGGCCCAGAUCACCGUGCAGUUCGUGAGGAACGUGAUCAUCCACGGCCUCCACAUCCAUGACACCCACCCGGGGAACGGCGGGCUCAUCAGGGACUCCCUGGAGCACUUCGGGGUCCGCACGCGGAGCGACGGUGACGGCAUCUCCCUCUUUGGCGCCACCAAUGUCUGGAUCGACCACGUGUCCAUGUCGCACUGCUUCGAUGGGCUGAUCGACGCUAUCGAGGCUUCCACGGCCAUCACCAUAUCGAACUGCCAUUUCACCAAGCACAACGAGGUGAUGUUAUUUGGGGGGAGCGAUAGCAACUCGGACGAUGCACGCAUGCAAAUCACAGUGGCGUUCAACCACUUUGGGCAAGGGCUCGUCCAGAGGAUGCCGAGGUGCAGGUGGGGCUUCGUUCAUGUGGUCAACAACGACUACACCCACUGGCUCAUGUACGCCAUCGGAGGGAGCCAGCACCCCACCAUCGUCAGCCAGGGCAACCGUUUCAUCGCCCCCGUCGAUCCGAAUUGUAAAGAGGUGACCAAGAGGGACUACGCGCCCGACAGCGUGUGGAAGUCGUGGACAUGGACAUCGGAGGACGACCUGAUGCUGAACGGGGCCUUCUUCGUCGAGUCCGGGAGCCACAUCAGGAACGUCAACAAGAACAACGUGAUCAAAGCGAAGCCGGGCACGUUCGUUACGAGGCUCACGCGCUUCGCGGGCGCCCUCAACUGCGUCAAGGGCCAGCCGUGUUGAGACUGCGUACGGAGCUGUACAUACGCACGAUCGCGACCAAGGUAGGAAGGCGAAGAGCCCUGCUGUUACUAACACACAGGUUUGGAGAUGUAGGUAAUUUACAUAGAUCAGGGUUAUUUGAUUCUGACUGCACAGUUGACGAGAGUUGCUUUUGGCUCAAGAAGGACUGAAUCGAACAACGGGAGGAAAUGCUGGACAAGCCCAGUGAACCGGCUCCAUCGUUUUCUCUGUGACAUUAGAAACCGUAUCUAAAAUACUCUUCUUUACCAUCUCUCUUGCGAAUAGAUUCUCCGACCGGCGUCGGAGGAUCGUUGCAAUUAUUAUUAGGUCCACAGUUCGUGUUAGAAACAACGUACGACAUCGUUAGAUGAGCGACGUGUAUUUGA